AUGGACAUACAUGAUCCUGACAACGAAUUUUCUUCAUCUCAAAUUAUUUUAUUUUACUCGCCACUGGAUAGUGAAUUAAUAAGAGGCCAGAUUGUCAUUUAUUGGUACAUUCAAAAUUAUAUUGAAAACGACACAUUGGCUCUGUAUUACGGUCACCCAGAUUUGAAUGAAAUACAACCGAUUUUUGAGCACAAGCCGGAUAAAAAAAGUGGUGUCAUAAAAACAGGAAUUCCACCUACGCGAGCAUACUAUUCAUUAGAUUUGAGUUACGUCGAACAGUGUACAGGAUAUUACGGAACUUGGUUAAGAAACGAUUCAGUUAAAAAAAUAUCUUGUUUAUCAACGCAUCCUGACUGGAUGAGCAAGCACAAACAUGUUCUCAAAUAUAUGACCAUUGGAAAUUUAUUUAUACCGGGAACUCAUAAUUCAGGAUCAUACAGCGAAGAAUUACCUCCAACAAUCCUCCAAAGAUACACAGUAACACAAGACAGAAGUAUCUUGGACCAACUGAUCUCCGGGGCUCGAUAUUUGGACAUAAGACCCUGCAUUUAUGACAAUAAAUACUGGGUUUGUCACGGUACAUUUCCAAUGCAACCUUUUGAUAAAAUAAUCCAAGAUAUUAAAGAUUUUAUGGGACACACAGAUGAAAUAGUCAUUGAUUCACAAGCGCCCAAGAUCAUGAAACAUUUAUAG